UUGGAAUUUUCUCCUUUUCCUAGAAUAAUUAACAUGCAAGGUGUGAGUGUUUGAAGUCUGCAAGGGAGAAUUAGAGACGAGGAGAGAGAGAGAGAGAGAUGGAGAGGGAGACAUUUUUCUCUGAACUUCUCUCGGUGUCUCCAUCAGCCAUCUCCUUUGAUCUCUUCCUGUCUUCUUUCUUCUGAUUUAUCAAAACAAAAAACCCCCCAAAACCAUAGAUAAAGUUAAACUCAUUUCCCACUAGAAAUUUGGCAACGUUUUGGGGCUAUGGAAUUAUUAUAAUCUUCUUCUCAUUAUAAAACCUCAUCACAUUUUCCCAAAUUUUUUUGCAGUUUGGUCCUAAGUUGUUGAGAGAGCAUUCAAGAGGAAGUCAUCUUCUAAAGAGGAACAGUGUGUCUUUUACGGAAAAAGCAAAAAAAAAAAAAAAAAAAGUAGUUACAAAAAAGCAAACAAGAAGAACAAAUACCCAAAACCUUCCAUAAUUAUUAGUCCUUUCAAGAAUGGUUACUACAAUCACCUACAUUCUCUUAAUAUGGCUUGUUCUUCUCACCAUUGUCGAAGCCAACUCUCUCAGCUUCAACAAUCUCACUCUUCCUCAUCAGCAUCCGAACCCUGAAGCAGUUGUUGAAGAAGUUCAAAGGUCCGUCAACGCCUCACUCACACGCAGAAGCCUCCUCUCCGUCCACCAAGCCGACCAACAACAAUGCCUGACCGGCAACCCCAUUGACGACUGCUGGCGCUGCGACCCCAACUGGGCCGCUAACCGCCAGCGCCUCGCCGACUGCGGCAUCGGCUUUGGCCGCGACGCCCUCGGCGGCAAAGGCGGCCAGAUCUACGUCGUCUCCGACUCCUCCGACCGUGACCCGGCCCGCCCCGUCCCCGGCACUCUCCGCCACGCCGUCAUCCAAACCGAGCCCCUCUGGAUCGUCUUUUCCGCCGACAUGACCAUCAAGCUCCAACACGAGCUCAUCAUGAACAGCUUCAAGACCAUCGACGGCCGCGGCGCCAACGUCCACAUCGUCGGCAACGGCUGCAUAACCCUCCAGUACAUCUCCAACGUCAUCAUCCACAACGUCCACGUCCACCACUGCAAGCCCUCCGGCCACGCCGACAUCGCCUCCAGCCCCACCCACGUUGGGUGGAGGGGGAGAUCCGACGGCGACGGGAUCUCCAUCUACGGGUCCCGCAAGAUCUGGAUCGAUCAUUGCACGCUGUCGUACUGUACGGACGGGCUGAUUGAUGCGAUAAUGGGAUCGACGGGGAUUACAAUCACGAACAACUAUUUUUCUCAUCAUGACGAGGUUAUGCUGUUGGGGCACAGUGAUGGGUACUUGCCGGAUUCCGGGAUGCAGGUGACGAUCGCGUUUAAUCACUUUGGGGAGGCGCUGGUGCAGCGUAUGCCACGGUGCAGACGCGGGUAUAUUCAUGUGGUGAAUAAUGAUUUCACGCAGUGGGAGAUGUACGCCAUUGGUGGGAGUGCUAAUCCCACCAUCAAUAGUCAGGGGAACCGCUAUAUUGCUCCGACUGACGAGAAUGCCAAAGAGGUGACGAAGCGCGUGGAUACGUCGGAGGGGGAAUGGGCGGACUGGAACUGGAGAACAGAGGGGGACGUAAUGGUAAAUGGAGCAUUCUUCGUGCCGUCCGGGGCGGAGCUGAGCACUCAGUACGCCAAGGCCUCCAGUGUUGAGCCCAAAUCCGCCGCCCUCAUCGAGCAGCUCACCUCCAAUGCCGGCGUCUUCGGCGACCCCAGGGACGGGAUAUCAUACCCGGGAUUCAGCGGCGGUGGGACCACCACCGGGGCGACCAGCACAAGCGGCCGCGGGGCCUCCAGCAAUGAUGAUGGUGACUUCUUCGGAAUGAUAUUCGGGAGCGGAGCAUCAGCAAGCCCCUCCACCCCUUCAUCUUUAUUUGCAAUCUUUUUGUCUCUUACUGUUAUUUUACUCAUGUAUCCCAUCACAAACUGUGGUGCUCUAUUAUCAUUACCAUUAUUAUUAGCAUCAUUAUAGAAGUUUGAAAAAAGGAAUUGAUGAAAUUUCAUAAUUAGAAAAAAGUACAGAAAAGAAAACAGAAAGAAAUUUCACAAUUUUUUUGGAUUUCCUGGUCCCCCAUUUGUUUCACUGCCAUUAUUGUUGUUUGAAAAGCAUCAAAGAACAUGUAGUGUCACAUAACUAAAAUAUGCGACGCCCAUUUUGUGGGGUCUCCAAAGCACUUCCCUCUCUCUCUCUCUAUGUUAAUAGGUUUUUAGGUCUUUUCUCACUAGUAUGUAUAACUAAUUUAUUUGAGGCGCACUUUUUGACUAAAAGCUCAUAUUUUGGGCGUGUAAUUGGUGGAUUUUUGUGCUAGGGGCUAAGGCUCAUAUCUUGUACAAAAUAUAUUUUAAAAAAGGGGGAAAUUUUCGGAAAGGAUAGGAUAUGGGCGGCUGAGGUGGCAUUUUACAU